GCCAUGUUGAUCCCCGAGGUCUCGUCGGUGUCGGCGUCUACGACCGACACGCAAUGCUCACUGCUGCGACGCCUCAGCACGCUCGGCCUGCUGUAUGCUAAGCUCUCGCUGCGUCAGCUUUGCGAUUUAGCGCCGCCCGUUCCCGCGUUCAACACGGAGCCGCGCGAUCUGGCGCUGAAAGCCUCGCUGUUGGACGGUAGGGCGUUGUUAGGCCCAUUCUCGGCCGAAAUGCUUGAACCACUGGCUGCGUGGCUAGACCAGGGUAUUCACAAGGUACUGGUAGAUGCCGCAUCCAGCGAAGACGCUGAGCUGGAGCGUGUAGCCAUCGCUGUCUCCGAGCUGCCAGCCAAUCGUGUGGUGCUGCGCAUUGCCGUGUCGUCGCUGCACGCAUCCGAAGUCACUGAACUUGGAGAAAAGCUAGCAAGAUUAGUUGAUACUGUCAGCGGCGUAGUGUUUGUCAUCAACUCUGUAACACUGGUGCAGGAGAACGGAUUCGAAGAUGUGUAUACGAGCUUGCAAGCGUUGAGGAAGAGUGUGGAUGAAGGAUUUCUCUUUGCCGUCGAGAUGAGUACAGGGCCUACUGCAACUUACAACUCGGAAGUGGCAUUGGCCAGGAUUCAACAGCUUCACCACAAGCACAUCUGUAUUGUGUGUCCUGGUUACUGUAGUGGCGAAGGAGAGCAACAUGAUAUGGCUACAGAAGACGGAGCAGCUGUGGUGGACGCCGCAUUGGCCUUCGUCAAGUGCCUACGUACAGACCGUCCCGACAGUCUCUUUACUACCGUCGUGGCUGACGAAGCAGGUGUCGCCCUGGGACUAGUGUACUCUAGUGCCGAGAGUAUCAUCGCUGCGGUGUCUAGUGGCCGGGGCGUGUACUACUCUCGCUCACGUGGUGGCCUCUGGAAGAAGGGAGAGAGUAGCGGCAACGCCCAGAAGCUCAUCCAGAUCGACAUGGACUGCGACAGCGAUGCUCUGCGCUUCACAGUGAACCAGACUGGCGCAGGCUUCUGCCAUCUCGACACGCGCACGUGCUGGGGUCACGACGGCGGUCUGCGCGCACUAGAAAGCAUGCUCUUCAGUCGCCACGAGAACGCGCCUGCUGAGUCUUACACGAAGCGGUUGUUCGACGAUGCCGAGCUGCUACGUAACAAGCUCGUGGAGGAGGCGCAGGAGCUCGCAGAAGCCGAAUCAGUCCCAGAUGUGGCUGGUGAAGCCGCUGACGUCAUGUAUUUCGCCAUGGUGCGAUGUGUGGCAGCAGGCUGCAAGCUCAGCGACGUUGAGAGAAUGCUUGACAAGCGCGCGUUGAAGGUGAAGCGACGACCUGGGAACUCGAAGGCGUACCGUAUCUCGGCAGCCAACAAGAUCUUGAACACCAAGGGCAUGCAAAGUGGCUCAGCGUCGGCGGUAUCAGCUUCUGCACUUAGCGAGAAGAGCUAGAUCCUAGAAAGCCGGAACAGGGCACCUUUAGAAGACAGCAACAUGAACGUCUACCGGGCCUAUGCAUACACUGCGCGACAACAGUAUAUGGACUCCCCUUGUUUUGUCCA